AUUCCCCAUCACACGCUCUUUUCGUUUUCCUUCUCCUUCCUCUUCUGUGUCCUUCUCUCUCUCCUAGGGUUAGGGUUUCAUCUGUGUUUUCUCUCCAAUGGCGCAACAAGAUGCUCAGAACGGCGGCUCCGAGAAGAACAACGCCGCAGCCGCCGUGGUGUCGUUCGUCGCUGUGAAGCCGCAGCUGCUGGUGGAAGCUCCGAAGGCCAACGACGCCGUUCUGUUCUACAAGGCCGCGUUUGGUGCUGAGGAAGUUAGCCGUGCUCUGAACCCUAAGCGCAAAGCUGACCAUGAGCUUCCUCUCAUCCUCUCUGCUGAGCUCAAGAUCGCUGGCUCCUCCAUUCUCGUUUCUGACCUCGCUGUUGACUCUACUGCACCAGCGAAGACUGGGGGAAACGGUAUCGUUUUGUGCCUGGAGACUGAGGACGUGGAAGCUGCCGUUGCUAAGGCUGUGCGCGCAGGUGCCGUUAAGGAAGGUGAGGUGGUUGAAGGUGAAGGCGGCGCGUGUUGCGGUGGGCUCGUGGUGAAGGUGAAGGACCCGUACGGUUUCAUUUGGCAGAUCUGCUCUCCAGUGAAGGCGAGUGCUGAGGUGGCAGCUUGAUAACCGUCAGAUCUGUUAGUGGUGGUGAUGUUCCUGACUAGUAAUUUCAAAUUUGGAUUUAGGAGUAGUUUGGUUAAUGGAUAAAAAGGACCUAAUUGGUUUCAGAAAAGACAAAUCUAUGAUUCGGUUUAGGAUAUUUUGUUAGACGAAGGCAUUGGUAGUAGUAUUUAUUAAUAUUUUGAUAUCAGUGCUUAUUUUAUGCUAUGUUUUGAAUGACCCGAGAGGAGAAACCACUUUAUGUUCUUCUCAUUUGGAAACUGGCAGUAGAAUGAAUGAAUGACUUUUUAUGACUA